AUGGCGGGCGUACCGACGCUGUGGCGGGCGACGGGGACGCUGCCAGCAGGCGCCGAGCUGCUCACACGUGUGCUGACCUACCUCGACGUUGCGAGCCUAUCAAGGCUGCUGCAAGUGGAGAAACGCAGUCGUAGCAACGCGCGGAAACUUUUCGCUGCCUCCCAGAGAGCUCGGACGCACAUGGCAUUGGCGUCGCUGUGCUUUUCUCGCCUGCGCGUGGAGUUCCAAGCGUAUUACCAGGAGCUGGAGACGCAAAACAUCCCGCGAUCCAGCGAUCCGCGCGUACCACCACGUGUCGAUGGCGGGUCUGUGACAUUGAAGCCCAUCGAGUUACCAAACGUUCACAAAGACGGUAUCACAACCCGUUUCGUAGCGGACGCCAACGCUGCGGGGAAGCGGCCGAUGCUGACGAAUGUGGUGCAGCGGAACCGUCGGAUAUACACUAUGAUCACUGUCAAGUUGCUGCGAUCGGGCAGUGCUAAUGACACCAGAGAAAAUGCCGCCGGUGAUGGUUUGGUGCUGCGCAGUUACUCAUACCUGAAGGAGUUUGGGGAGUGGAAGACGCCGACGUUGCCCGAGAAACGGAUGCUGGCGGUGGCCAGCGUUGGAAGUCGUCGUGGCAGAUUCGACCUGUGCUCGCAGGAUGGGAGUAUGGUUCUGGAGUUGGAGGUGCCGACCGGUACAGAUGCGCAGACGGAUUAUUACCUCGUGAAGCAAGCGUCGGUGUCGAUUCAUAUGCAAGAGCUCCUGCAGCAGCACUUUCACUCGCUGCGGCCGAUUCGAUCGCUUCCUGAACCUUCUCGACGAGAAUCGUGCAACAUUUCAAUCGCAUUUCGCUCAAUGGAUGGCGCCCUCGUUACUGGGUGCUGCAUAUCUGGGUAUAUUACGGUUGAGCGGCAGGAUAGUGGGGAGGACGAAGCAGCUCAAGACGGUCAAGAGCGACCAAGACAACGUACCGGGAUCGAGAAAUUUGAAAUUGUCACGUGCCGACACGAUGACGAUUCAGAGCGCAGCGUCAAGAUGGUGCUGCCUACUGACCCAGGCUACACAUGGAUUGAAGUACGCGGUACAGACGAAGGAGCUCCAUCCAGGCGACCCAGGCUGUACUUUUACGCGGUGGCACUUCACUACGGUUCGCGACAGGUACCAGAGCAACGCGACCUGCGCGUGAUGCAGCUCAAUUGGCUGCCUGGCGUUCUCGAGUCGUUCCCCACGCUUGAAUCUCGACGCCGACGAUGUCUAAAGGGCAACCUCCGAAUGGUAACUUCGUCGCACGCUGGCACACUGCAAGAGCUAACGCUAGUAGCCCAGCGAUUGCCGGCGGUUAGGCUAGAGAGAUACGCCGCGCGGAUCGAGUCCUACACGCGACACGAGCCAUGA